AUGUCUCUCGCCGAUUAUCUGGCUAAGAAUUACCUCACUGCCGACUCGGAAAAAAAGUCGAAAAAGCGCAAGCGCAAGAACAAGGAUGGUGGCCUGGUGAUCGACGAUGAUGACAAUUUGGGUUGGAAAAACACUGCGGACGAGGAUGACGAGGAUGCGCCCAUGGUUGUUGGCGGAGGCUCCUUGAAAAAAUCAAAGAAGAAGUCGAAAUCAAAUGGUGCUGCAAUAUGGACCGCAGUCGGCGUCGCCGCACCCUCACACGCACAACAAGUCGCUGCGGACGAAGCUGCGGCCAAUGCGAUCAUCGCAUCAACAGUUGCCGAUCGUGAGAAAGCUGCGGAAGCCGAGGACGAAGCUCCAGAAAUGGUUGACAACGAUGGUGUUCUGCGGAUGGAGUCAGGCGCAAAAGCAGGCCUGCAGACGGCUGCAGAGAUGGAAGCAGAUAUGAAGAAGAAGGAAGAGGAAGAUAAGCGAGAAGCAGCGGAAGCCGCGAAGCAAUUGGGUGGCGCUGCGCAAGAAACCAUCUACCGUGAUGCUAGCGGUCGCAUAAUCAAUGUCGCAAUGAAGCGCGCAGAAGCUAGAAAGAAAGCCGAAGAUGAAGAGCGCAAGGAGCGCGAGAAGCAAAAGGCCGCCCGGGGUGAUGUGCAAAACGCAGAAGCCGAGAAGCGGAAACAAAAGCUACAGGAUGCGAAGACCAUGACCAUCGCACGAUAUGCCGACGAUGCGGAGCUGAACGACGAGCUCAAAGAACGGGGCCAUUGGAAUGAUCCAGCUUCAGGCUUUUUACGCAAGAAGAAGGCGGGACGAAGCAUAACAGGAAAGCCACUGUACCAAGGUGCAUUUCAACCGAAUCGCUAUGGCAUUCGGCCUGGUCACAGGUGGGACGGUGUAGACCGAGGGAAUGGCUUCGAGAGCCAGUGGUUCAACGCACGGAAUCGCAAAGCGAACGUCGAAAAGCUUGAAUACCAGUGGCAGCAGGACGAGUAA